UUUAGGUUUAUGUUUUGUAUUCUUUGGUUUUAUUGAAUUUCUUAAUCUUCAAAAUGGCUGAUCAGACAGAGAAGGCGUUCCAGAAGCAGAACCACCUGAACGUGAACCGGAAGCCCGGCCUGAAGAAGAAGGCGCUACGCCGCUACCACAAUGUCGGUCUAGGUUUCAAGACGCCGCGAGAGGCGAUCGAGGGCACGUACAUCGACAAGAAGUGCCCCUUCACGGGCAACGUGUCCAUACGGGGGCGGAUCCUCACCGGCAUGGUGCAGAAGAUGAAGAUGCAGCGCACCAUCGUGAUCAGGCGCGACUACCUCCACUACAUCCGCAAGUACAACCGCUUCGAGAAGCGGCACCGCAACAUGUCGGUGCACCUCUCCCCGUGCUUCAGAGACGUGGAGAUCGGAGACAUCGUGACGGUCGGGGAGUGCCGGCCGCUGAGCAAGACGGUCCGCUUCAACGUCCUCAAGGUGUCCAAGGGCACGGGAUCAAAAAAGAGUUUCAAGAAAUUUUAAAGAUGUACAGCAGGUCGAUUUAAAUAUAAUAUAAAGAAAGACA